UAUUUGACAAAUUUUAUUAAUAUUCGCUUUACUUUUUCUAGGGAAAUAUUGUACAAAAUUAUCUUUCAAACCAAAAGAAGAUUAAACUGUAAACAAAUUGAUUUUAAAUGUACAAAAUUGAACAAAACACAUUUAACAGAAUAUUGGAUGCGAUAUCGUAGAAGAUCUAUAAAGGACGAAUUAUUUUCCCGCCAAUUUGUGGCAAAAAAAAUCCUUGGAUAAAUCCGAAUGGCUCAAUUACAAGAUCUUGAAGAAUACAUUUCGAGUGCGCUGGAUGUGGUUGAAUUUAAAUUAAUACGUUCGAAAUCGGAUUUGGAGGAUGAUACCUUGGCUUUCCACCCCUUAAUGGCUCAUCAAAUUUUUGGCGACGCUGAGAGCAUAUUCGGUUUUUUGGAUUUAAAAGUUCGCAUAUAUUACACAGCGGGGCCACUACACAUAUAUUUAGAUGUAAAAUAUGAGGAAAAAGUCGACGAUCUUCCAAAUAGUGUUAUGAAGGCCGAUAAUGUUGUAGCUACUUUAGCUGAAAAGCUGCCCGAUGGUUGUUAUUUUGUCAACAUGGAUGAGUUUUUAAAGACUUUGGAUAAGGCUGACAAAUUUAAACCUUUUGGUGAAAAACUUGCUGAACACAUUCAUUUCAAUCCGAAUCAUAACCAAGAACGUAUAUUUGAGAUUUAUCAUUGCAAUUAUCGGCAGACAGCAUUUUUAAAAUUCUUUUCGCGUUUACAAACAUUUGUAUUGUGGUUCAUUGACGCAGCUUCAUACAUUGACGUAGAUGAUGUGCAGUGGUCGUACUUUGUAUGUUAUGAGAAAUAUAAAAACGAUAAUGGUGAUUGGCUUUACGCUGCUGCUGGUUACACCACUGUUUAUGAAUAUUAUGCCUAUCCUCAGCACAUACGACCUCGUGUCAGCCAAAUGCUUGUAUUGCCGCCAUUUCAAAAGCUUGGCGUUGGCACCAUAUUUCUUGAAACGAUUUAUAAAUACUAUCAAAAUCAAAAGAAUGUUCUGGAUAUAACAGUAGAAGAUCCUUCAGAUGAUUUCCAACGUAUGCGUAGUUUUGUAGAUGCUCGUUUAUGUAUGUCUUUAAAGUCUUUUGGAAGCACUGAAAUCAAAAAAGGUUUUACCAAGGACAUGAUAAAUGAAGCUAAAGAGUUCUUAAAGCUCAACCCUCGUCAAUGCCGAAAAGUUUAUGAAGUUCUACGUUUGCUGUACACAAACAUUCAUGAUAAGGAAGAUUACACGGGUUAUCGGUUGGAGGUUAAAAAGCGUUUAAACGCUACUUACCACAAACAGUUGUCCGACAUAAAGAAAUUAGAAAGAGCUAAAAUCGAUACCCAGUGGUUGCGUAGCUCUUUGCCUAAUCUGAAGGAACGUGUCGAACGCUUACAUGAGGAAUAUAUUUUGGUAGAGAAAAAUUAUAUGCAAAUUGUUGAGAAAUUGCACCUAUUUCAAAAAUAAUAA